AUGAAUUUAGGGUCAGUUUCAUGUUAUGCUGAGACCACCGAAGUGUACACUCCUCAAGUAGCGGAUGAGUUGAAGCCUACAAAAAACGGUGAAUUUAGAACACUAGAUGAGAUUUUUGAAUUUUACAACAAGUAUGCUUUUGAAGCUGGGUUUAGUGUUCGGAGAAGUUCUACUGCCAAGAGUAAAGAUGGUUCUGAAACUAUAAGACAAGAACUUUGUUGUCGCAAAGAAGGGCAUUCACAGAAACAUACGGCUCUGCCAAAAAAGCGGAAAGGGAUCAUAAGAACGGGUUGUCUAGCAAAGAUUGCAGCUGUGAAGAGAUGUCGCAUAUAUGUAAUCACUCAAUUUACGGAGGCUCAUAACCAUCCUUUGACAACUCUUGAGAGAGUUCAUUUGUUACCAUCUCAUCAUCAAGUUUCAAAUGCUACCAAAUGCUUAACCAUGGAACUUGGACUGGUAAAUAUUAAUCCAAGCCACCAACAAAUCAGUUUGCUUGAAGUUCAUUCGAGAGGAAUUGAGAAUAUGGGUUGCACAGGGAAAGAUAUAUACAAUUAUGAAAGAGAUAAGCGAGAAGAGUUGAAAGGACAUGAUGGAGAUAUGUUGUAG